AUGGAGGCACUCAAGCAUGAACACGCUAAGAUCAAGCACAUGCUGUGUGCCGACACCCUUUUCUUCUUCCUCUUCUUCUUCUUCUUCUUCUUCUUCUUCUUCUUCUUCCUGCUCUACGACGACUACUACUACGACUACUUCUACUACUACUACUACUACUACUCCUACUACUUCUACUACUUCUAUAACUACUACUUUAGCAUGUCGAUUGUCCCUCCCAGAGUCUCGCCGGCACUUUGA